GCGAUCUGCUCUAUAAACCGGCUAGUUCGUUACCUCUUUCUCCUCCGCCUGGACUCUGGAGUGUAGGGUUUUAUUAUCAUCAUUCGAUUCUCUAAUCUCCAAAACUCCCAAAUUACAUACGGAGAGCUCUCUCUCUCUCUCUCCUCUAAAAUUCAAUAAAAGCCGAAUAAUUGUUCGUAGAUCGGACAAUAUCUUCUUCUUUCAAGCCCUGUAUUUGUAUAAAACAAAGUUAAACUGUACCAAUUGCCAAUCAACUAUGCCUCCAAAGCAGCAAUCGAAAGCGGACUUGGCGAAGAAACAGAAAGUUGUAGAAGAUAAGACCUUUGGGCUCAAGAACAAGAACAAAAGCAAAAAUGUUCAGAAAUAUGUUCAGUCUAUUCAACAGGCCGCACAACCCAAGCUCGAUCCCAGUAAAACCGCCGCAAAGAAGAAGAAAGAAGAAGAGAAAGCAAGAGAGAAGGAGCUGAAUGAGCUGUUCAAGAUUGCUGUUGUUCAGCCCAAAGUUCCAGUUGGUGUUGAUCCGAAGUCUAUAGUAUGCGAAUUUUUCAAGGUGGGUCAGUGUGCUAAGGGUUUUAAAUGCAAGUUUUCACAUGAUCUGAAUGUACAAAGGAAGGGUGAGAAGAUUGACAUUUACAGUGAUAAACGGGACGAAGAAACAAUGGAGGACUGGGAUCUAGAGACAUUGGAGAAAGUUGUUGAGUUCAACAAUAAACAGUAUAACCAGAACAAACCAACUGAUAUUGUGUGCAAGUACUUCCUGGAAGCAGUGGAGAAGAAACAAUACGGUUGGUUUUGGGAUUGCCCAAAUGGUGGCAAAGAUUGUCACUAUAGACAUGCACUUCCUCCAGGAUAUGUGUUGAAGUCCCAGAUGAAGGCGCUUUUAGAGGAAGAGGCUGAUCGGAUACCUAUUGAGGAAGAGAUUGAAAAUCAGCGUGCAAAACUGACGACUUCAACUCCGAUGACUACUGAGUACUUCUUUCAAUGGAAGAAGAAAAAGAUGGAAGAAAGAGAAGCUGGCUUGGCGGCCCAGCGAGCUGAGAGGGCUAAGAAUGACCGUAUGAGUGGUCGUGAGCUGUUUCUUUCAGAUUCUAGUUUAUUCGUGGAUGAUGCUGAGGCGUAUGAAAAGUACCAGAGGGAAGAAGAGUCUGAUGUUACCGAGAAGAAGGUCCAGGGAAAUCCUUCUGCAGAGAGACCAAGCAGCUCCACAGGUGCAGGUGCUGAUCCGGAAGAAGUAGUGUCUGACGUGGAUGAUGAUGAUGAUGACGACCUGGACAUUAAUGAGUUAGACGAACUUGAGGCGACUUUGUUGAGAACAUCUAUUCAAAUCCGAGAGCCUGGCAUAGAGACUUCAUCUUGAAUGGGGAAGAGGGGGAGAUGUUUUGACAUGGAAUUGAAGAGGGGCUUUCAACUGCGGUGUUCACCUUUUAAAUUGAUUACUGCUGGGUAGAUAAUUCACAUUCUAACCUGGGAAUGUUGCGCUUUCAUGUGUUUCUGUUAGCGGUUGGAAUGUGAUUUAUUGUUUUCUGUAAGGCAGAGUCCAAGUUCUGAUUCAGAUUGCCUGCCUUGUUAACAUAAAAUUGGUCUAAGGAUCAGAACUUUCUAAGAUAUACAUCCUUUUGUCCCUACAACACUAAUGGUUGGAUUGAACUCUUUUAUUGUUUCCCAUUGGAUUCUGGUGCUUGUGGUUUUGGUAUUGCAUUUUUCCCG